AUGGCCCCUUCUACUCCUACACCCAGCCCUUUCGCCGCCAUGAGGAACUUUGGUGGUAUGGUGUCAUCUGCUCUUUCUUUCGGCGACAGAUCUCGCCAAGUCUCCUCCCUCGGCCUCGGCACUCUCUCUCUGGGGGAGCCGUCUGGCGCUGCCCCGCCCCCUCGCUCCGCCUCUCCCUCCGCUGGUUCUCCCUUCCCCGUGUCUGGUUCUCCCGUCCCCGUAACGGGUUCUCCUGGAGGGCCUCCUCCUGCCGCCACUCCUCGCCGUAGGACGCCCGCCUUUCGUCCUGGUGAGUCUCCGUCCUCCUCCGACCAGGGCUCGCUCAGUGGGGGCUCGGAGUCGGGUGAUCGACCCGACACCGAAGAAAGUGAGGAUGAUGAUGAUGGGGAGGGUAGGAUCGAUAGUGAGGGUGAAAGCGAGUUAGAAGAAUACCCGGAUGAUGAUGUGGAGGUGAUUAGUGUAGAGGACAACAACGUAGAUAGUCCUGAGCCCGCUCCUGCCCCUCCCCCUGCUCAAAUUAUGAAGUCCGAGCCUGGUCGUUGGAUCGCGGUUGGUGUUGACGAAGCGUGUGAUCGUUGCCGACGUGAGAUUAUCACGUAUAAUCGUCCAAACUGGCCCUGCCUCAAGGCAGUCAGGCCACACAACAAGGCCCUCCGUUGUGCUUCAUGCACGUCUGGCCCCUGCUCCUUCUGUCCCGUUUCCUCUGCCCGGGACAUCCCGCCCCGUCCCUUCGACGCUUCUCCUCUCCCCCCUCCCCAGACUCCAGCGUCUGUCCCCCGUUCGCGGGUACCGUCUUCGUCUCUCCGGUCGGUUCGCCGACCUUCGCCGUCCUCCCGCUCGUCGCCUCCCUCGCCCUCGCCCUUUGUUCCUGUGGCCGGCCCGUCGCGUCUCCCGGCUGCUCCUCCUUCGUCCUCCCGUCGUCCUUCGACCUCUCGGCCCUCGGCCUCUGGUCCUUCGGCCUCUCGUCCUUCGGCGCCACGUCCGUCCUCUCCAGUGGUAGCUUCUCCUCCGGCUCACAGCACCCGAAGUCGGCGUCCUUCUGUUCCUCCGGCCACUUCGGCGGCCCCUCCCGUCACCCCUCCCUCUGCUUCCCAGAAGACACCGAAGUCUUCUUUAAAGAAAUCAAAAGGGAAAUCUAAAGAGAAGGAGGUUGCCUUCAAUGAUGGUGAUGUGGAAGGUGAAGAUACUCAGCGUGCUGGUCCCUCUGCUCCCCGGUUGUCCCUCGUCCACCCUCGUAUCUCCCUGGACGUCCGUAUUCCUGAGGACGAAAAGGAAUUCGCCACUUAUCGUUCUCUCGUCCUCGGUCUCACUACUCAGCUCGAGGCCGCCCGAAAUGACACAUCUCUCCUGCUUGACUUCUCUUCUCGUCAAGCUAACGCUUUAAACAAUCUCACUGCGGCGUUAGUAGAUGUAGUCAACACUGGGGCUCUGGACGACGGAGCAAGGACGAGGUUAGCGGACGUCUCUCGCCGAAGCCUUACUGAGAUAGCCGAUGUUCGCCGAAGACUGUUCGACACCCCCUUCCUAGUCACUCCUAUGGCGUAUGAGCCACCACCGUCCCUUGACUGGUUAGGUCGCCGUAGUAGUUCUCGUGUCCCAGCUUCCGCCCAGACUGCUCUCGACCUCCUCAGUCUUCCCUUCGAGUGUCUACGGACCAUACGUUCUCUGUGGAGGACUCCGAGCAUGCAAGCUGCUCGAGAUGUCCAGGACUUCGGUGACUUCUUCGGGGCUAUGAAUCGGGCAUGGAAUGCUUCUCUCUCUACUGCGUUCCCGUCUGAGACUCUCGAUCUACCUUCGGUCAUCGGUAGCCUCCACACCAAUCCCGCGGGACCGAGUAGAUCGAAGGAGAAAGGAAAAGGAAAAGGUAAGGGUAAGAGUAAGGACAACCCUUCGCAGUCGCCCUUCCUUCGGCUUAGUAGGGUGAAGUUCGUGGAACUUCGCCAAUAUGUCGUCAGCUCCAUCGACGUUCUCCACUGGUUCCCAUGA